AUGGACGAAGAACAUCGACAUCUAGAUAAACCCAUCAAUGGAGCUCUGCGAAAUCUCAAGAACACUCAGUCACGUGAAGAAGAAGAAUCGAUGCACCAAAAGCGAGAUCUCUCUUGCAACUACGGUCUAAGGGAGAACCCAAAGAAGAAAACCCAGAAAUCUUUUGGGUUAGAAUCGCCAGAAUUGAUGAAGAAGAUUCUGUUCCGAUGCGGAGAAUGUGGGAAAGGGUUUCGGUACGAGAAAUGUCUUUCGAAUCAUCAAGCGGGGAUGCAUCUAUCGACGAACCAGAGGGUUUAUGAAGAAUCGAUUAAGAGUCUGUGCAGUAGCUUCAGUCUUGUGAGGAAGAAGAAGAGGUCGAGAGUUAUCAGGUACAAGAACACUUCAUUGUCUUGUUCGUUUGCUACAUUUCUUGAAUCGCCUUCUGUUUCGGCUGCUGCGAAUGAUGAAGAAUUAGAAGUGGCAGAGUGUUUGAUUCUAUUGUCUAAGAGAAGUCCCAAGUUUGUAGUAGACGGACUGAAACUUGUUGGCGAAGCAAUGGAUGCUAAGAACCCUGAGAUGCCUAGAGAUUGUGUGCUCGAGAAACCACCAAAAGCUGGUGAAUUUGAAUCUGGGGUUUUGAGUGAUGAGCGGAAACUGCUGAAAGAAGAAACUAGUAGUGAUGAAACAUCAAAAGAACCAGCGAGUUUCUUGGGAAUCAAGUGUGAAUUGGAUCAGCGGAAGCUCCGAACAAGCGGUGGAUUUGGUACAUGGAAACAACCAGCGAGUUUCUUGGGAGAAAAGAGUGAGAUGGAUCAGUGGAAACUGCAGAAAUCCUGUGACUUUGAAUGUGGCUUUUACAGAACUGAGCUUGGAGUAGGAGCUACGAAGUGUUCUGAUUCAGAUACUGAGAUUGUAACCGAAUCUGGUAAGAGGAACGUUGAGCAUCAAUGCAGGUUGUGCAACAAGACAUUCUCGUCUUAUCAAGCUCUAGGUGGUCAUCAGACGUUUCAUCGGAUGAGCGAAAGUAGGAACAAGAAGAAUUGCAGAGAAGUUUCAGUAGAGGAGCCUGAGGAUGAGUCUGUUACGGUGAAGAAAGAGAAGAAGAGGCACAAUUGUAGCAUCCGUUCAAGGAGGUUCAGGUCGGUUCAUGCUUUAGGUGGUCACAAGACGUGUCACGGCAAGAGACAACACGCGAAAACAGAGCAUGGUGAGGAUUUGGGGAUACUCAGUGCUGUUGCUCCUGUUACCGUUGGAAUCGAGUUGUACUGA